AUGAAAAUCGCAGUUCGUGUAGAACUCAGGAUAUUUCCUGUUAAUUUGGAAAGAUUCGCAAAUGGUAUGCUAACAUUUUGGGAUGACAACUUCACGGUGGGUUUUAGUGGAUGGAAUGGUUCUCAUGUGGUUCUAAAGGAAGUGGUUCUCAUGUUGCGCAAAAGCUUUUUUAGAAUUUUACUCGCUUUGGCUGUGGUUACUACCAGGAACACGAUCUACGAAGAGUUGUUUGUUUAUUCCGAAGUGGCUGAGAACAUCCAUCUUCUAGAAUACAAAAACAAUGUACCAAUAGCGAAGUAG